CAAUAUUAGUUCGUGAAAAUUGUGUUGCAGUAUGGUAUUGUAUCGUUUCAUGGAGAAAUUAAGAUAUUUUGCAUUUUUUGUGUGUUUCUACGGAGAGGUUUCAGCAAUGUCGACAGAAUGUGACAGCUUGAUAACUAUCUCAGUUGAAAGGACAGUUCAUAAGGAAGGUUUUCAUAGGGAGGUAGUCAGCCAAGUAUCAUGGUAUCAUGAUGAUCCUAAAGAUGGUGACUGUAGCUUGCUGUUUCUCCAUUACAUACCUCGUGAGAUGUUUGUCGACUUGGAUGAGAUUAAUCGAAGUAAUUUAACCAAUGCUAAGGUUCUUCCUUUGGGUGAUAAAAAGAACUUUGAUGUUGAACGACCAGCACACUUAUCUACAGCCCAGACUGUCCUGGUUUAUUCAAAUAUUAAGAAACAAAUUCAACACAGGUCUGAAGGCAAACAUUGGCAACUGACUUCAGACACAAUGCUACCUGUGCACUGGAGAUAUCAAAAACCAUCUGAUAAUCAACAUUACAUCACAGUUAGUUUGCCCCAACCAACCCUAAUGGUCUUGUGCAGAGAUAGUUUUUCUUCUGGUCAUAUGCAAGAAUGUUUUAACCAGCUGGAGAAAGCUCAAUAUCCAUGCAAUUAUAACACAAUGGAAAUGUGCGAGUGGGUUGUAUUGAAACAAAAACAGGACAAUGGCAAUGAUAUCAUAUUUACAGUUCCUGUUGGCGUAAAGAAACAUUCAAUUUUAGUUGCGUCAGGCACUAUCUUUGUUACGUUAUCAGCCUCGUACAUUCUUAUCUGGUUGCCAUAGUUACAUGACAGCUGAUGCAGAUG